AUGAGGAUAUUUCUUAUCAAGCUACUCCUGGGAAUAGCCAGAUUACUGCUAGAUAUCGUUUCUAUACUCUUAGCAGAGGAAGAGGCACAUAGGUGCCAGUAUACAGCACGCACCGAGCCGCCGGAUGCUCCUAGUAUCGAUACAACCAUGGAAAACCUCCAAGAAAACGUUGGAGUCGUCGAGGCGGAAACUCCUGAAAAUGAAAUAUGGAUAAUGGAGUACCCUACAAACCAAUCUCUAUACUCCUCUUCCAAUACUUUGUCCGAUGACUCCUUAGAAGAGACCGAAGAAGAGGUUAUUCCAACGUUGGAAGCCUUGUGGGCUAAUUGGAAUCCAGAGCCAGAUCAAAUAGACUAUCCUGAUCGACCAACUACUCCAGGGAUCCUGGAAACCACCUUGGCCAACGAUACGGACACUAUCUGGCCGGUAUCAGAGAUUGACGAGGAAUCAAAUCAACCUGAGUCACAUCGAUCAGAUACCCCGGAUGGCAUAGAGUGCAUCUUCAACCCAACUGGGAGCAGAAUACCUUGGUUUUUUGGACCUACUCCAUUAUAUUUCCUAAAUGCUGGCGCUAUGUAUUUCCAAAUUCCCCCAUUUGUUGAAGGGUAUAUAUGGACGGAUAGAGAGAGCCUUAGGAAAUCUGAGGACUAA